AUGGACACCGUCAAGAACGCCGCCAACUACGUCUCCGAGACCGUCCAGAGUGCUACCUCUGGUGCUUCCAAGGAGGCCAACAAGGAGGUCGCCAAGGACAACAACGCCAGCCUGGGCACUCGUGCUGAGGCCGGCAUUGACGCCCUCAAGGACAAGGGCAACGAGCACAAGCACGAUGCUUCGGCUACCGCCAACAAGGAGGCUGCCAAGCACUAA